CGCCGUGUGUAGGACGCAGCUAGUCACCUGAGUGCCCGAAUACGGGUAUAGAUGGUGAGGGCCUGUUCCUAACGCCUCCCAUUACUAAUAACCUAUUAACCCAAUAUAAAGGUUCUAUAGCGGUUUCCGUGAUUAUGUCCGUAGUACGAUGGCGCUUAAUCAACAAUCACACGGACGGGCGUGCUCUGCGGCCGCGGCAUGGCCACCAGGCUGUGUCCUGUGGCACAGACAUCUACGUGUAUGGGGGUGGUAAUGAGGGCAUUCUGGAUGAUCUGUUGGUAUUUGAUACCG